CUGCAGUCUGAUGCUUGCAGAAUUCUAUCUGAAGCAUAUGAAUGAUAUUGUCGCCUUGUAAAUUCUAUUAGGGUUUUGUCAGAAGUGGUUUAUUUUCUGAGAGAUCAUCUUCACUGUGUAUUUGUGGCUUUUUUGUGCUAGAAAAUGGCUGGAGUUUCCUCUAGGGGUUGCUUUGUCGUGAUGUGUUUGGCUCUUCUUAUGACAAGCACGUCAAUGGCUGCCGCUGGAUUUCAAUCAGGUACUGAGAAUACUGUGGAAGUAACAGAGAUGAAGUCACAGGAGCAGAAUACUAUAAAUCAGAAUGAAUUAAGAGGAGAGAAUAGGAAUGAAGACACAGUGUGCGAGGAUGGUGAGAAUAUGGAUACCCAAGAGUGUUUACUUCGGCGUACACUUUCAGCACACACAGAUUAUAUCUAUACACAGCAUGCUGGCAGUCCAUAGAAACUAUUUUGUUUGUUUUUGGCACAAAAUGUUUAUCAUCUGAGCUCAUCCUAUCGACAAAUACUUAUCAUCUUAUUGUGUAAAUUAUGCGGCUGCUGUUUGUAAUAAGAUUUUUUAUGUAGACAAAUGAAACACAGAGAAAUACAAGUGCAUUUGGAUUGGA